AUGCCCAUCUCAUCCCGCUGGCAAAUCGACAUUCCCUCAGUCUCCCUCCCAACCUACCUCUUCACUUCUUCCACAUUCCCUCUCCCAGACAAAGUCGCCUUCUACGAUGCUGCCAACCCCUCUCAUUUCCUCACCCACUCAACCUUUCGUCUCUAUUCCCAACGUCUGGCUGCGGGCCUUAUUAAAAAUGGUUUGAAACCAGGAGAUCGAGUCUUGUUAUUUUCGGGAAACAACCUGUAUUUUCCAGUUGUGAUUAUGGGGAUUAUUAUGGCGGGAGGGGUUUUUACAGGGGCAAAUCCGGGGUUUGUAAAGAGGGAAUUGGUGUUUCAAUUGAGGGAUAGUGGGGCUAAGUUUUUGAUUUGUGGGGGGGAUUGUUUGGGGGUUGGGGUUAAGGCGGUGGAGGAGGUUGGGAUGGGGAGGGGAGAUGUUUUUGCGUUUGGUGAUGGGGUUGAGGGGGGUGGUGGUGAUGGGAGAGGGAAAGGUUAUGAGGGAGUGAGGAAUUGGACGGAAUUGUUGGAGAGUGAAGAGAUUGGGAGUAAGUUUCAAUGGAAGGAGGAUAUUGAUCCAAGGGAGACGGUUUGUUGUUUGAAUUAUAGUAGUGGGACGACAGGUGUACCUAAAGGGGUCAUGAUUACGCAUUAUAAUUACGUCGCGAACGCAAUGCAAUACAAACAUUUACAUGAGCUUCAUCCAGAUACAGCAGAAAGGAACAAAAAAGCAAAAUGGCUAUGUUUCCUCCCUCUAUAUCACGCAAUGGGCCAAACGAUUUUUGGAGCAGUAGCUCCUAAACGUGGAAUUCCAGUAUACAUCAUGAAGAAGUUUGAGUUCAAAGAAAUGCUAGAGGCGGUACAGAAGUACAAGAUUACCACAUUGACAAUGGUACCUCCAGUUGUAGUUUUACUUGUGAAAUCUCCUCUCACCAAACAAUACGAUCUCAGCAGCAUCAUCGACAUCGGUUCUGGUGCCGCACCCCUAAGUGGAGAAGUUAUAAAAGCAGUUGAGAAUUUGUGGUCAAAUGGGCGUGUGAAACUUACUCAAGGUUGGGGUAUGACAGAAGGAACCUGUUCGCUCCUCGGAUGCGAUCCUCGACUCGAUACGCCUCCAAAUUCGGUGGGUGAACUGAAUGCGAAUUGCCAUGCUAAGAUUGUGGAUCCGGAGACUAUGCAGGAGGUUCGAGAGGGUGAACGGGGAGAAAUUUGGGUGAGGGCUCCUAACAUAAUGAAAGGCUACUGGCAAAACCCCGCCGCCACAAACGAAACAAUCAUAAAUGCACCCGAUGGGCGCUGGCUACGCACGGGAGAUAUCGCCUACGUGGAUGCUCAAAAACAAUUCUUCAUAGUGGAUCGCAUGAAAGAAUUGAUUAAAGUGAAAGGAAACCAAGUUUCACCUGCUGAAUUGGAAGCGCUACUGCUAGAACAUCCGGGGAUAGCGGAUGCGGCGGUGGUGGGGGUGGUGAGGGAGGAGGAGGAGGAGGUUCCCAGGGCUUAUGUUGUGAGGGGUGGAAAUGGGGAUGGGGAUGGGAUGGUGAGGGAAGAAGAGGUGCUAAAGUGGGUAGAGGAGAGGACGAGUAGGUUUAAGUGGUUAAAGGGUGGAGUGGAGUUUGUGGAGGUAAUUCCUAGGAAUCCGAGCGGCAAAAUAUUGAGAAAGAUAUUAAGAGAGAAAGCUAAGGAGGAGAUGGAGAUGAGUAGGAAUGCCGUGAAAGCCCGACUUUAA